UGGAAAUGGUCAUAGAGUGGCGCAAUGUUCAUCGACUCAUCGUUGCCGAUCCUGUAAUCGGAAUCAUCAUUCAUCUUUGCAUCACUCUCAGCCGCAACAGCCACCCCAAUCAUCAGCAGGACAAUCUUCAACUACUGAACCGGUACUCCAACCAGCGCAACCCUCCUGGCAAACAGCUCAUCAAGCUGCUUCACAUUCUCAUAUGGAGAUCGCAGCAGAUGAUCAAAUUUUGUUGGCAACAGCUAUGGUUUUGGUAAAGGAUGCCACAGCUUCGCCUUCGUCGUGAAAAACACCACAUUGGAAUUCGCAGUAUAGGAGACUCCCUUACUAGUUUGAAGGCUCGUACGACUACCUCUAUUAAGUCACGUACUUCCGGCUAUCAGCUCACUCUCCAGCUUGGAAUCACAUCCCAUAUUGCCUACCAGCCAGAUAGUGAGAUCGACAUAUCGAAUUGGAACCUACCAGCUAACACUCCAUUGGCUGACGAAUCGUUCUAUAGGACUAAACGUAUUGAUUUGUUACUGGGGACCGAAGCCUUCUAUGGAGCUCUAGCUGUUGGCCAGAUUCGCAUUGGUCCAAAUCUUCCCACUUUGCAGAAGACUCUUUUUGGUUGGGUUGUUGCUGGGAGGUACCAGCGGCAAUAUAACAGACAGCCACCAUUGUGCUUGGCGACUGUAGAAGAGUCGAUCGACAAGAAUUUGCAGCAAUUAUGGAAAGUGGACUCAUUUGUCGAUCCAAGCGCUAGAAUGCUCCCAAAUCAUCGUCGCUGUGAGGACCAUUUCAGGGACACAACACAUCAGGAUGCCAGUGGGCGGAUUGUCGUUCGCUUGCCAUUUCAAGAAGAUCCAAGUUGUCUUGGAAGUUCCUUCGAUACAGCUCGAACUCGAUUUUUUGCCAUUGAGAGACGUCUCGCUCGUCUACCGGAAAUUCGCUCGCAGUAUAUCUCGUUCAUGCAGGAAUAUGAAAGUCUCGGCCAUAUGUCCCUCGUACUGAAUCCUAACUUGGAAGAACCGCAUUAUUAUAUACCCCACCAUUUCGUUCUGAAACCAAGCAGUACCUCGACGAAGCUCAGAGUUGUCUUUGACGACUCUUGCCGUACAACAUCUCAAAGGUCACUUAACGAUCUACUUUUAGUCGGCCCUACCAUUCAGGAUGAGUUGUACUUGCAAUUGCUGCGGUUCCGCAUGCAUAGGUUCGGCAUCACAGCCGACGUCACAAAAAUGUACAGGCAGGUACUUGUGAGUGAGAAGGAUAGAAAAUUCCAGUACAUUUUGUGGCGAGCAUCUCCGAAUACGGAUCUUCAAACCUACCAACUCAAUACAGUGACAUAUGGGACUGCGUCUGCCCCAUUUCUCGCAGCUCGUAGUUUGCAUUACUUGGCUGAGGAUUGUAAGGAUGCAUGGCCAUUAGGGGCUGCUGCUGUUAAAACUGCAUUUUAUGUUGAUGACCUUUUGUGUGGGGCUGGUGAUAUAGAUACACUCUUCAAACUAAAAACUGAAAUCACAUCAACUCUCGCUCGUGGUCAGUUUCCAUUAUGCAAGUGGCAUUCAAAUCAUCCAGGCGUGAUGGAAGACGAAUCUACCAAGGAAUUAAACAUUUCAGAAAACUCAGUCAGCAGCACACUCGGCUUAACUUGGCAUCAACGAAGAGAUGCAUUUAGUUUCACAUUUAAUCCAAAGGAAGUCUAUCCCACUACCACAAAACGAACAAUUUUGUCUACUGCGUCGUCGCUAUUCGAUCCAAUCGGUCUGCUAUCACCGUUAGUCAUUGUCUCUAAGAUCAUUCUUCAGGAGUUGUGGCUUUUGAAACUCGACUGGGACGAGUCUGUCCCCCAGAAUUUAAGCCACGCAUGGAGCAAGUGUUUGGAAUCGCUGAAUUCACUGUCGUCACUAGCGGUACCUCGUUUUUGUUUGCAGCCUGAUACUAGGAGCAUUCAAAUACAUGGAUUUUGCGACGCAUCGAUUCGGGCAUACGGCUGCUGUGUUUAUGUGCGCACGGAGAAUUCGCUUGGACAGGUCACAGUGAAAUUGUUCACUUCUAAGUCUAGAGUAGCACCAGUGAAGAAACAGUCUCUUCCGAAGCUUGAACUAUGCGGCGCACAUCUACUUUCUCAGUUGUAUAACAAAGUCAAGGCCAUAUUCAGUAAACACACUAUCACAUCUUAUUUUUGGAGCGACUCACAGCUCGUAUUGCAUUGGUUGCAACAACACUCAGUCACCUUAUCGACCUUUGUUGGAAAUCGAGUGUCCGAUAUUCAGGAUUUAACGUCUGAUGGAAAAUGGCGCUAUGUGCCAACACAUCAAAACCCUGCUGAUAUUCUGUCGCGAGGCUGUAACGUGAGCGAGUUGAUUAAGUCUCCAUGGUUUUCGGGUCCUACGUUUCUAGUCGAAGAUUCACUAAGCUGGCCCGCCACUGGUGGAAAACUUGAUAUUGACAUGGACGUGGUUAACUCGGAGAAUCGGAAAAGUUUGUUUGCUGCCGUACACGAGACAAAUAAUAUCCUCAACAUCGUCGAUAAUAUCAGCUCGUACACUCACAGUCUGCGUCUCAUUGCUUGGAUGAUUAGGUUCAUAAGGAGAUGUCGGAAGCAAUCGACGUUUACCACAACCUCACCGACGCCAGAUGAACUUCGUUUUGCUUCACAUUGCCUUAUUUGGAACAUUCAACAAACUCAUUUUGUAGAGGACAUCCGUUUACUUCAGAAGCAAAAACCAUUAAAAAGCAGCUUAAAGUUUCUUACUCCCUUUUUAGAAGUCGUGAACGGAUUCGAACUUAUCAAGGUUGGUGGACGUUUGGAAUACUCAGACCUACAAGACGGUCAAAAACAUCCGUUGCUGCUGCCUAGUCAGUCCAAAUUUGUAUGGAACUAUAUUCGCCAUUUGCACCUUCGGAACUAUCACGCUGGACCUAAAGCCCUAGUCGCUCUCAUUCGUUUGGAGUAUUGGAUCGUUAACGCCAGAGACUUGGCACGUAGAAUUGUUCGCUCCUGUGUACACUGCGUUCGCUACAGACCGAAGCUGCUACAACAACUCAUGGGCUCAUUACCGCCUACGCGACUCGCUCCGGCUCGACCCUUUGAACGCUGUGGAGUUGACUUUUGUGGACCCAUCAACACAUAUCUACGCAUUCGAGGAAAGGGACCUACAAAAGCAUUCAUAGCCGUGUUCGUUUGCCUUCUCACCAAGGCCGUUCACAUCGAAGUAGUCUCUGAUUUGUCAACAAAGGCGUUCUUAAACGCAUUGAAACGGAUGGGAGGUCGUCGCAAGCUGCCGACAGACAUCUUCUGCGAUAAUGCCACUAACUUUGUAGGGGCAUCGAAUCAACUGCAGGAACUAAAAAAGUUUAUGUUUUUAAAGCAGACCCAAGAUGCAAUCUAUAAAUUUUGCGCAUCUGACUUUAUUAAUUUCCAUUUUAUUCCCCCCAGGGCACCUCAUUUCGGAGGCCUUUGGGAAGCGGCAGUCAAGAGUGCAAAGGGGCUGUUAAAUCGUACGCUGGCCAACACCAGGUUCACCUUCGAAGAGUUGAGCACUGUCGUCGUCGAGAUAGAUUCGAUCCUCAACUCGCGCCCGCUAUCGCCGCUUUCGUCAGACCCAAAUGACUAUAGCACUCUCACGGCUGGUCAUCUCUUGGUUGGCGAAUCAUUGCGAUCACUACCUGAAAGGUCCCUCGAGAAUAUCAAGCUUUCAAGUAUGGACCGCUACGAUGCGAUUACGGCCGUCAAGCAACGGUUUUGGAAGCAAUGGUCUGCUGACUAUGUCAACGAAUUACGAUCGCGCACGAAGUGGACAGCACCCUCAACGAACCUCACCGAGGGCACGUUGGUCAUCAUCCAUGAGGACAACCUGCCACCGCUACGCUGGAAACUAGGCCGAGUGCAGUCUACUGUGCUUGGGAAGGAUGGACUUGUACGGGUGGUGCACCUCCGCACUGCAAAUGGAACAUGUUGCAGGCCAAUACACAAGUUGGCAAUUCUUCCGGUGGUUUGAAAGCAGUCCUUUCAACGGGGCCGGGAUGUUCGGUCAAACUCCUUUAAGGAACAAGUAUUCAAAUGACCCUCGUAAAAUAGAGAGCC